UACCUGGCAACCUGCUGAAUGCUGUCUGUUUGUGCGAUAUUGUUCAAAGAAAAGAAAAAAACAACAACAUCUAAUGUUGCCUGGGAACGACGUAGCCAACAGAGACAAGACUGUAAGAGGACCACAAACUUACAGCAUCGAUAUGGAGUCCGUAAAGUCUGGUAGAAGUGCGUCGGCGUGCGAGCUGAACUACAAAUCUGCGGAGGGAUGUCUCAGCAUGUGCGGGAUGUGUCCAUCUUGCGCCUUUGCCCCCAAACCACCGGGCUCAAUUCAGUGUUUGUGGAAGGUGUCGGAUGAAUUCAAGAGGAGAUUCGUGGUGGAGCUGCUUUUACGGUGCCGAAACACCCAAGUGCUCGAAAGAAUCCAGAGCGUGCUGGGUGUAACAUCAUGGACUUUAUUCACUUACGCCAGGGCAAGGAGCCCAACUUCACCUCAAGAUUACCCUUGGCGCAGCACAGACCGGGCACUGGAUGGGAAACCACUUGGCAUGGACAUGAAGGAGAUCUGGGACUGGUUCAGCAGCAGCCCCGACUGUAUAAAAUCGCGGUAUCUUUGCCGUCUUUUUUCACUUUGUGACUCAGAACUUUUACGCAUGGUCGCUAAUUUAACCAGCGUGCUUCUGGUCAGACAAAAGCGAGGUCUACUGCAAUUUAAUGUGAGUAGUCGCAAUAAACAUGAUCAGGACAGCGAUGAAGACUCGGAGGACCCAGCUCUUAUGGUAGUGCCUGGAUCCUCGAAGUCUGUGUCUGGAGUUAGCCGAUACCGAGACUUCAUAGCCUGCCUACCUGUUGAUCUGUCAAAGAGGAUAUUAGGUCUGUUAGAUGAGCAUACUUUGAGAUGCUGCCAUAAGGUCUGUGGAUUCUGGCAGCACCUUGCACAGGAAACGGUGGAGGAAAUCAAGUUCAGAAGAAUUUUUCAGGAUCAAAUGAAUGCAAUGAUGAAGGGCAAACGUAUUAAUAUAGUAAGUCCUACUUACGCCAGCAUCGUUGAAGUUCCUGUACCUGUCGAGGAUGAUGAGAAAGCGGAUAUUCAACCUGGCGUUCAAAAGGUGAAGCCAUUUGAAGCUGCUUAUACCAAAAGCAAUACCAAGACAGUGCAAAUGGAAGAACGAAAUGUUUAUUGUGGUGCAUACUUUACCACAGUGCUGCUGGACAAAGAAGACCCUCAUCGGGUGGUGGACUACAGAGGUGGAUCACUAAUGGCCAAGGGCUCCAAGGACCGUGUGGUGCAUCUGCUUUAUGUGGCUUCAGAAACUAAAGCUGUGUCCGUGAUGAAGGGCCAUGUUGGCAGCAUUCGGGCAGUACUGCUCUGUGAGGACAGAGACCUGGUGAUAACUGCGAGCGGCGAUGCAAGUAUCAGGUGCUGGAAUUUGAAGACAGACAGGUGUGUGAUGGUGCUGUAUGGUCACACUGGCGCUGUGAACUGCCUGGAUCUCCAUGCUGAUAGACUUGUCUCAGGAGCUAAAGACUGUAUAGUAAAAGUGUGGAGUCUACACACAGGGAAGCAUUUUGAGGAUUUUCAUUUCAAGCACCCCAGUUCCGUCCAAUGUGUGAGGAUCAACACAAGAACAGUCUAUAGCAGCUGUGAUCGGGGCCUUGUCAAAAUAUGGGACAUGGAGAAGGCAUCGCUGCGUAGGGUGAUCGAUGCCCACAGAAGCUCAGUGAAGUGCCUUUUCUUCAAUGAAUGGCACUUUUUAUCCGGGGAUUCUAACGGUCAGGUCAUGGCCUGGAGCAUCAACUGUGACGCUAAACAGUGUCUUAUGACCUUCAACCACCCAAAGGAGGUAAAAUCUCUGACUCUCAUCUACCUCCGUGUGGUUACCGGCUGUGUGGAUGGAAAGAUUCGUAUAUUUAAUUUUCUCACCGGAGAUUGUCUGAGAGACAUCACAGCAGAGGCUGAAACAGGCCGAAUAUUGUCUGUGCACUUCCUUGACAACAGUAUUUUAGUGAACGCGGCAUCCAGUGUGAAGCGCUACCAGUUUGCCAAAGUGUUUUGGGAUUACACAGAGCCAACAGAAGGAGGUUGGGGUGAUGGGAUGGCUCAGGAUGGCUUGGUUUCUGAGAAAUCUGCAGCUUCGCUCAGAAAGCUUUGCUUAACCUCUGUCGGGGCCGAUCACACGGCACAGGUGGCUUCAACCAGCCAAAAGGUCCAUAACUGUUACAACAAAAGGCCAGAGAGAGCCGAGCUGCUUUACCGCACCUGCUUCCUGUCUACCUCCACUAAAUGUCGAGAACAAGCCAGAGAGCGCUGGGGGGCUGCUAAACACUCAGUGAUGCUGAGUGAGAAGGAAACAAGUGAACGGAUGAAGAGGAGGGGUCUUCAUCAUCCUCUGACACGUGACUCCAUCCUCCUCAGGGUCAAUGCCAUCCAGAAGGCGCAGUGCACGGAUGAAGUCAGCAUGAACAUGGAGUGGAAUGCCAGGCUACGAGAUUCCUGGGGUCCUUACACAUCUCUGGAGCCUCUGCACUCUGACCUUAUGGCCCUGAAGCAGACUCAGAUAUAUCCACUGUGGCACACAAGUGAUGGUCAUCCCAGGAGGGCCAAGACCUGUGUGCCAAUUUUAAAGAGACCUGUCAGUCAAAAUAUGACAAACACAAUCUCAGACAGAGAUGUGUUCACUGUCCCUGACAGCACGAGGAGACACCACCCCUGUUCGUUUUCAAAUAAAACACAGCCUCGCAGUGCAGACACACAUAGGGCAAUCAAGAGAGUGAGUGGAUUCAUUACAAGUGCCACAGAAAGGCCACGGGCUCAUGAAUGCAGGAUCAUGAGAUCGCUACCUAACCCAGAAAGUGCCAUGAAAACUAGUACCAGCUUGCCCAGGAUCAGUCCUGUGGGUCCAUUCAGAGACCAGGAAGCAUUCAGGCUAGAAGACUGUGUCUUGGCCAAGAGGGAUCUCAUGCAGAGCUGUGAGCAAAAACUGUCCAAGAGGGAUAAGAAGCAGGAGAAAACACUGCAAAGAAAGUCACAUAUGCAUCAUUAGAUGCAAAUUUAUUCUUUUUAUGAUAUAAUGUGUUAGCAGAACUCUAUUACCAGUACACACUUAGUGUUCUGGACAUAUUUGUUAAUCCACCACAUGGUGGUUUGGCACCACAUUUUUACAUGUGAUGUUUCAUUAAACUCCACUAGGGGUCAGUAUUGUUGCAUCUGAUGACCGGAUGAUGACCCAGGUUUGCUAUACCAUAGCUUUUCAGUAUGUUUUAGUUUUUAUUAUUUUUUAAACUUUAUUUAGAAUCUUUUUUCAUUUAAUUAUUCAUCAGAUGUAAUUCUGUAUUAGUUUUUAGAUUUUUGUUUUUGCUUUUUGUGAAGUUGAAUGUAUCUUGAGUUUCCAUUUAUAUAUUCAGUUAAUGUUAGUAAUAGGAGUGAGAAGCACACAGUUAAGUCACACUUUUUAUGCAGUAUAUUUGACAUAUAGGUUGUUAUUCUGUAGUUUAAUUGCACCUGUACACCUGUGAAAUAAAAAGUAUUUUCAUAUACUA